AUGAAAACCUCACUGUUCGCUUCCCCCUUCUCGAAAUCCACAAGAUUGACAUCGCUUCGAACAGCCCUACGUCCUCGAAUAUGCCCCAAGUGCGAGCAACCAUCGCCCUUCCAGCGGAGAUAUGCACACACCCCCGCUGAUGACCCUUACUUCCAAUCGAUCGUUGACAACCCGGCUGUGCCAGUUAGAAGUGGCCAAAAGCAUGGCCCAGGCCUGAUAGUGCUCAUACUCAUCCCAGCCAUUGCAUUUGGCCUCGGGACAUGGCAGGUCUUCAGGCUUCGAUGGAAAACAGACUUGAUAGCGAGAUUUGAAGAUCGUAUUCUCAAGCCGCCCCUGCCCUUACCGCCACGUAUAGACCCAGCUGCCAUCAAAGACUUUGACUAUCGACGAGUUGUCACGACAGGCCUUCUACGACAUGAUCAGGAGAUGCUCAUUGGGCCACGAGUGCACGAUGGCAAUGAUGGAUACCUAGUGGUAACGCCAUUACAACGCGAAGGAAUUGCAUCGACAAUACUAGUGAACAGAGGCUGGAUUCCCAAGAAGUUCAAGCGGCAGGUGGACAGGCAGGCAGGUCUACCCAUUGGGGAAGUCACCGUGGAGGGGUUACUUAGAGAGCCAUGGAAAAAGAACAUGUUCACGCCAGACAACAAGCCUGAGCUGGGCGAGUUCUACUUUCCAGAUGUCGAGCAAAUGGCAAAGUUUACUGGAAGCGAUCCAGUCUGGAUAGAAGAAACCAUGGUACCGGAUCUUCUGAAAGCGUAUGAUAGAGAGGCUGUAGGAAUUCCAAUAGGUCGGCCAGCUGAAGUGAACCUGAGAAAUAACCACACGCAGUAUAUCUUUACUUGGUACGCCUUGUCGGCUGCUACAGCCAUCAUGUUCUGGAUGGUCGUGAAAAAGCCACCGUCGGAUUCUAUCAGGCGAGUCCGCCAGAAUAAGGAGUGGUAG